GAUGUAAUGCGACAAAAAAGAAAUUGGCUUUAAUAAGAAGUUCAGCUUUCUUAGGCUCAUCGCUAUCAUAUCUUCUCCUUCUUCACUCGCACAUCAAAUUUGUUUCUCCAUUUUCACUUCAAAUGGCAGAUGAAUCAAAACAACAACAAAACGAAGACGACCCAGAAACUAUCUCUUCUUACUUAGGUCUAAGCUUCGGUCUUUUCUUAGCAUUAUUACCAACAAACUCAAUCUCCUUAUUACAAAAGCAGCAAACCCAAAUCAAAGAACUGUCAUUACGCCUAUUCCAAGCUGAAGAACAGCUAAAGCAAAUGAAAUCAAGAAGAAAAGAAGACUCGAAAGCAAAUGCAAGAGUUGUUGAGAUCUUUGCUAGUCAUAGGAACGCUUGGCAAGCUGAAGAGAAGCGGUUGUUGAACCAGAUCGAUGCUGCUAGUGAAGAAAUGGGUUCUCUUAGAGCAAGAAUUCAAGAUUUGGAAACUGAGAGAGAAGAAUGGAAAGUUAGAAUUCAAUAUUUGGAAAGAGAAGUUGGAGAAAGAGAGGAAAUGAUUGGAUUUAUGUCAAGAAACGCUGUUAAUGUUGAUAAUGAUUUUGGAGGUGAGGUUGAGGAAGAUGUGUCUGGUGCUUGUGGGAAUAGGGAGUGUUAUAGUGGGGAUGAAGAGAAUGUGAAUUUUCUUUACAGCCAACAUCCUAUUGGUGGUGGUGGUGGUGGUGGUGGUGGUGGUGGGGUUGGGGGUUUUAGUUCUGAUUUCUUGCCUUCUGCUUCUAAGUUUUGGGCUGAGAAAGCUUCUUUAUGGCAGGAUAUGCAAUAUGAAUCUCUUGAAUCACACUAUCAUAUGAAGCAUUUUGUAGCAAGAAGGGAGUCUCCAUGGAAGGUAGAUGGUGAAUCCACAGGAAUUUCCUCCAAGUUAAAGUUGCUUGAACAAGAACUCCUGAACUUGGAAAACGUUGGCAAAACUGAUCCAUCAAAGGUUCCAUCAUUGAUGAGGAAGCAGGCAAAGAGAUACCAAGCUCUUGCAGGGAAGAUUGAUGAUCUAUGCAGAAGAAUGCAAGCCAGUGAUCCCUGUGAACCUACGCUCAGCUCGGAGUUCCGUACACAAAGGCAAACAGAGUUUUUACUUGAAGCAUUUCGACUUCAACAGCGUGCUUCUGAAACUGGGCAGAAGUUGAUAGCAUUACAAACUGAGAUUGGGAAGAGUUACUAUGGGGAUGAACUAGGCCACCAGGGCAAGCUCACCACAAGACGUUCCUUCGACUCCAUCAGAAACAAUUUAAAAGAAGUUCAGAGAAAUUUGGAAAUAUGGUUGGCCAGAAUUAUCGGAGAUCUUGAAGGGAUUCUGGCCAGGGAUGGUGCCUCCCGGGCAAGGGAAUAUUAUGUUUCUAGAUAUCCUUUUGUUCAGUAGAAACUUGUGAUUUGGGUAGUAUGAAAUCCUGAUCUAACUGAAGUGUAUUACAGCUCUUUUGGUAGAUAGGCUGAUCUGUAGUUUAAGCCCUGAAGCAGCAGUUGGGCAUGCCAUGGAAAUAUAAUAAUUCCACUUUGUCUA